UCAGCACAGUUUUCACCGCAAAGUGAAACACAUGGUCCAUGCCAGCUGAGCAAAGCACCUCGCGUUUCAAUGCAACCAUUGAAGCGGAUCUCCGACUCCCAGCGGCAAUUUCUCCUGGACGGCGUUCAGCAGAACUUGCGGAGCGAUGGCCGUGGGCCGUUCGACUAUCGCCGUGUCACCUUUGAGCUGAAUUGCAUCCCCAGCUCGACCAGCUCCUGCCGCCUGCGCGCGGGCGACACCGAGCUGCUCCUGGCGCUGAAGUGUGACUUGGCGAAGCCACGGCUGCAGCCAGAUGCAGGUCACGUGCAGGUGACGGUGGAGUGUGCGCCCUCGGUGUCCGUCGCCUUGGCGGACAGCUCCACAGCCGAGGACUGGGGCCGACGGCUGUCUGUCCUUCUGGAGACAUUGUGCGCCUCUGAUAGUGUCAUUGACCGGAAGGCUCUUUGCUUGUUGCCCCAUGUCUUCGCAUGGCAGGUGCAUGUGGAUGUGCUCGUGCUGAGCUCUGGUGGUAACCUCUUGGACUCGCUCGCCCUGGCCCUGGGUGCGGUGCUCUCCGAGACGCUUCUCCCCAAGGUGGAGGUGAUUGAAGCACUGGAAGAGGGCGAGGAAGUGCAGCUGAAGGUGGACGACCGCCCUGAAGCGGGGCUGCGCUUCCCGAUGAAGCAGCUGCCACUCUGUGUGACUGUGGCGCAAAUCUCUGGGAAGUUCCUGAUGGAUGUGACCUCCGAAGAAGAGAUCUGUGCCGAGGCCAUGUUGUGCGUGGUGGUGGAUGGCAAGACCGGGGACAUCAUCGGCUUGCACAAGCUGGGCCGUGGCCUCUUUGAUGUCAGCGCUUUGCCUUCGAUGUUGGAGAGGUGCCGCGGCACUGCUGCUGUGCUGGUGCAGCAGUUGGACCGUGAGCUGUCACUACCAGCUGCUUUGAUGCGGUAAACGGGGCGACCGAGCAGCCCACCCUGGGUGGAGCACCCAACCAACCGAUGGGCUGGUCCUUGUCCGGAGAGUCACGCCCGCCGAGGGUCUCUCGACCGACCGACCCACGGAGCGAGAGUGUCGCACCGUCCCGACGGAGCGAUCCGCGCUGGUGAUCCUCGUCUCGCGUUCGUCUCGGCGUGACCGAGAUAGCAUGGGAGGGCCCUUUUCUUGCAGUGAAGUGACCCGAGAAUGCGAAUGCCUUGCCUUUGAGCUGAAACUUGAAUUCCUGCAAACAAGGUGAACGCCAGGAUGAACAAGCUCACUGCUCAAGGCUUAAGGUCCCAGUUCUUUCAAGCUGAACACUAAGGAUUAGCAUGGCCACUUGGUCCUGAAGCCAGGGGGACCGGAGGAUGGGUGGAGGAACAGCCGGAUCGCUGACGGAGUUUUCAGAACACCACCGGCCGCUCUUGGCCGUUCUCG